AAGAGCGCAGGCAGAGUUCAGUACUGAAGCGGAGCGGGCGAACUAAAGUAUCGGGGGAAAGUGAGGACCUGCUGCCGCUUUCUGCGCUUUAACUCCGGCUUCCAGUGGAGAAACUCAGCGCUGCGACUUCAUUUGCUUGUGUUUUGCUUUAUUUUAGUUUUUUUUAAUCCGCUCAUCACUGCAGGAAUUACAGUAGAGGCUGAAUAAAUAAGUUUAUCAGCUGCUGUCUGUGUUCAGGAGGUUCUGCAGACUGUAAACUCGCUGGAAGUAACUAUGUAAACACCCGUCGAGCUCCAGUCGAGCCCCGCUCUCUCUCUCUCUGACCGACUCCAGAGAUGAUUCCUCCGGCCAACAUGACCGCCACCGACGACUGUGUGGGCUGUAAGGAGAGCGAGGGGGACGCCGCCGACCUGCCGCCCCAGUCCCCGUCCUCAGUCAGCCAGCAGGAGUCCAAGUUGCAGAAGCUGAAGCGUUCACUGUCCUUCAAAACCAAGAGCCUCCGCAGCAAGAGUGCCGACAACUUCUUCCAGCGGCCGAGCGCCGACACCAAGUUCCAGACCGACUUCCUGUCCGAUGUCAGCAGCAGCACCGGACACCUGAGCACCAUCGGGGUGUCCGUAUCCGCCUCGCCAUGCGUCGCCCCACUGGCCCCGCCUCUUCCCCCGCUGCCCCCCGUGGUCCCGUGCGGAAUGCCCCUGACGAUCUGCUCGCCCUCCCGAGCGCCCCGGCCCCCCGACCCCACGGCCCACACCUUCCUCGAGCACAUCUUCAAAAAGCCGCACUUCUGCGACGUCUGCAACCAUAUGAUUGUAGCUUGCCAAGGGGGAGCGGGCAAAGUCUUCGGCCCCAACGCCAAGCUGGGACUCCGGUGCAAAGCCUGCAAGAUGGGCAUCCAUCACAAGUGUCUGGACGGUGUAGGACAGCAGAGGUGCAUGGGCAAACUGCCAAAAGGCUUUAGGAGGUACUCCAGUUCCCCCCUUCUCAUACAGGAGCAGUUUGGCUGCAUUAAAGAGGUCAUGCCCAUCGCAUGUGGUAGUAAAGUGGACCCUGUUUACGAGACGCUGCGGUUUGGGACAUCUCUCGCCCAGAAGACCAAGAGGAUGAGUGGAUCAGAUUCACCCCCUAGAAACUCUAGCAAUGACCUAGCACAGGUUCCAGAGGAGGCAGCGGCCUACAGCAGCCACGCCCAGCUCACCAGGAAACACAGCGACAACGUCUUUGCAUCCCUGGAAAACGGAACAGAGAACUUCGAAGUAGAAGAGAAGAAACCAGAGAACUCGCCGACUCAGGCGGAUGAGAAGGUUGCUGUGUUUGAUUUGCAGUCAGAGCGAGAGUUGAGGAAAGACCUUCUGCAGCUGAACACAUACGUGGCUUUGUACAGAUUCACCCCGCAGGAUAAUCAGGACUUAGAGAUGAGGCCCGGCGAUCGGAUAAUACUGGCGGAUGACUCUAACGAUGACUGGUGGAAGGGCGUGAUCGAUGACAGGAUAGGUUUUUUCCCAGCAUCCUUUGCUCACCAGGUGAAGGCAGGUGAAAGGGUGUUCCGAUGUAAUCGCACUUUCAUUGGCUGUAAAGAGCAGGGUCAAAUCACGUUAAAGGAAGGACAGAUCUGCGUCAGCAACGAAGACGAACACAAUGGCUUCAUCAGAGUGGCCAGCGGUAAGAAGAGAGGAUUCGUCCCUUGUGACGUGCUGGAGAACAUCUGAGGAGGAGGAAGAAGAAUUAAAGCGAGAGACGGAGAGAGCGAGGAAAAAAGAGAGGGAAAGAGAGAGAGGGAGAGAGAGAGAAUGGCAUCAGGAGUAGCACAGGGAAAAUGUGCUCUCCCAAACAAGCUCAAGCUUAACUCAAGCUUGGACAAACAAUACUGCCGUCAGUAGCCACGCACAAGCACGGAGUCACCAAGCCGCCAGUGGUUUACACCACACAGAGACAAGUAGUAAACGGCCUGAGCAGAGACACUAUAACCGUGAUAACUCUGUUCUUUUUUCCAUCCCUCUCUGUGUGAAAACGGCACUGAAGAAAUGAAUGCUUUCCUAAGACCGCCUGUUUUUCCUGGUUUUGGAGACUCUGAUAUGAAAACCAGGCGUAGAUGUUUGGAAAAACAAGCACGAAGACAGCAUUUCCUCUCUCUGUUACUAGCAUUGCGAGCAUCGUAAGAUCAAAGACCUGUUUACAGUGUUUUUCCUACUUCUCAGAGAGCGUACGUCCACUCAAAGCUAGCCUCGCUUAAUGUAGGUUUGAACUUUCCUCAUGGAUUUUCCACAAGCAGUUCUAAAUGCACUGAUUAAUGAUAUCAAAUACUGGACGUUCCCUAACCGGGUUUAAUGAAGGAGCCGUAUGACGCAAGCUCAUAGCAAGACAUUGAAUAAACCCAGAGGAGUUGAACACAAUAUUUCUCCUUGUUUUCUUAGGUUUUCUUUUUCUCUUUUUUUUAUGCUGCUAUUUAAAAAAAGCGCUUUACAUUCCUUCAACACAGGAUUACUGAAGAAACUCCUCUAAACAGGCAGUCCUGUCAAAUGAUAAUGAGCUUACUGUCAAUGAAUUGGACAUAUCACAGAUUUGUCGAGUCUGAUGUGAAACUCUCCACAGUUCCCACUACGAGAGAUUAGGGGUGUAACGGAUUGCACCUUGAAGUUUGGAAAGCAUUUAAACCACAGAUCAACUGAAAAAAAAAGGAAUAAUUGGUGUGCAAGUAUUACAUAAUUACAGUGAUUAAUAUCUAAGGGCCAAUCGCAUUUUACCCCCUGGUCUUUCUAUCAUUUAAAAAGCCACGCUAAAAAAAAAAAAACACCUCACACACACUUUAAUACGAGGAUCGUGCCAGAUAAUUAAAAACAAGAAAAUAACAAAACUGUCACCGAAUUAUUUAAGGAAUUUUCUGUUGCACUAAACACAGGCAUCAGCAAUUUCAGUUAAAUAUAUCAUAUUUAACAAUCUUUGUUUUUUUUUUUUUUAGGUCAUUUGAGAGUUCUCAUGUUACCACAUUUCAGAGAAGAAGCAAAGAGGACAAAUCUUGUAAUUGGCACCUCAAUUCUUUCUCCUAAUGAGCUUACCAAACUAAUUUUGUGUUCCAACAAUUAGUGCUAAAUCUAUUUAAAUCAAUAAAACAACAAGGGUGCCCAAAUUUAAGCACCUGCCUAAUUUUGUUUAAAUAGUUAUUGCACACUUUCUGUAAAUCCUAUAAACUUAAUUUCCAUUCUUAAAUAUCACUGUGUUCAUCUGCUAUAUGAUAUAUUUAACUGUAAUUGCUGAUCCAAACAACCAAUGAUUUAUAAAGCAAACCCUUAAAAAAUUGGGAUUCCCAAACUUUUUCAUACCACUGUAUCACUUCAGGCCAAAGUACAAUGUGGGGGGGUUAGAAGGCCAUCCACCUAUCAAUCAUUCUUAUCUGCAGCCAAUCAGAUGCUACAAUUUGGUGUCAAUUAAGUUCCUCUUGUGGUUUUACUGCAGAAUUACAAGAUAAUCAUUUAAUAAUAAGAGUGUAAGAAAAAUAUACCAGUUAUAAAUACACAGAUUAUUUUGUAUACUAAUCAUAAGCUGGAGAGAUCCAACACAAAUAUUCCACUCACUACACGACACAAAUUUUAAUAAUUGGAAUGCAAAGUUAAACUUAUUUUUUUAUAAUUCCUAUCCAAAAAAAACAAUUUAAAAAAUGUUAAAAUCAUAAAAAACGUGAUCUGAUUUAGAUUGCUAGAUUUGUGAUCCGUUACACCGCUACAAGAGAUAGAAAGGACAUCAAAAGCCUAAUUUUGAUUUUGAUGAUUUCAUCAUUUCUAUAACCACAUCAGACAAAUUAGUUUCAGUGUAUUAUGCUACACACUGCCUGUCAUUGAUUCAAUUUCAUUCUUUAUUUCUUAACAUGAAUUCGAGACCGAAUACUUUUUUUUUUUUUUUUUUUCAAUUUAGGUAUUAAACACACACCUUCUUUUAAUAUUCUUUUUUAAGGUAUCCUAAUAUCAUGGUUAUAUUUUUUGGCUGCUCUGGGAAACCUAACAGUAGCUACCUAUUAUUUGUUUUAAUUAAUAUUAAUAAAGCCAUUGUUUAUUUGAUAAGACUUUUAAAAAAUAGAGUUGUUAUUACUAUAAUUCUGCUAUUUUAGUUACAGCAUCCUGCCACUUCAAUGAUUAGAUAAGACCACAGUGUUGUAGGUUCGGAGCCCAGUGGAUAACAGAGACUUUCAUUUCUAUUCUUUAAAUGAUGGUAUUUUUUUUUUUAUCCAAAAAUGCUAAGCUUGCUAAUAACAAAUAAAAGUUAUCAGCGGCUGAUAAGCGUUAUGCAAAUCAGAUCAAGCUUACUGGUCUCCACUAGCUUUAAUAAUGUAUUAGCACAAUUAGCAUUUUUGGCAGGGUUAUUCCAUUACCUUGGUGUAUAUACACUACAUUUUAUACAUGACUCCACCCACCUGUUCUCUGGACUGUAUUUGAACUGCAUUGUACACUGAUCAGCCAUAACAUUAAAAUUACCUCCUUGUUUCUGCA